CAAAAUUGAUCGUCAAGUGGUGUUUAGUCGCUCUGGUAGCAUGAUGGAUUACUCGUCAUACCUGGGUCAAAAUGCCUAUGAUUCGUGUCUAGGCGGGGUGGAGGGUGCCGGGUUGGGUAUCCCGACUUCUUAUGGAGAGUUCCCUGGUUCUGUGAGUUCUCAACCAGCCCAAGCCUACCCCUACAGCAGCCUGAGACCAUCGGUUGGCUACGGAACAGGAGCAGGCAGCAUGGCCGGUACAUGCAACCUAGCAUCGAUGAUGGAGCACCAGCAAAUGUCACAAUGCUCGCCGUAUUCCAGUGCCGGUAUGCCGUACAUGCAUCGAAUACUCCACGAGGGUUCGACCACCUCUAACGGCCUGCACGAGAAGAGAAAACAGCGCCGCAUCAGGACAACCUUUACCAGUGCACAGCUCAAAGAGCUCGAGAAAGCCUUUAAUGAAACCCAUUAUCCGGACAUCUAUAAACGAGAGGAAUUAGCCUUGAAGACUGAUCUAACUGAAGCCAGGGUACAGGUAUGGUUCCAAAACAGGAGGGCAAAAUUCAGGAAAACAGAACGCGCCAAUGCUGCAGCAACUUCUAACAACAACAACAAUAGCACCAGCAACAAUAACAACACCACCACAAACACCAACAACAGUAGCAGCAACACCAACAAUAGCAACACCACAAGCAACAGUAGCAACAGCCCAGCCAGUGGGACAACUACCGGAAGUGCACUGACCAACGGCACGACUGGGUCAACGGGUCAACAACAUGGUGGUGUUGGUCAGUUGUCUCAGACCGGUGGUCAAGCGAAGACGAGUGGAGGAGCAGUGUCUCCUGUGAAGAAGAAAUCACUGAAGGCCGAAGAUUUGUCACCUGUAGCGCCCACUACCGUCGGAUCUAUGACCAGUGUUAGUUCGUCUGCUUCAUCAGUUACCCAUUCCUCAUCAACCAACUCGUCUGUCUCAAGUCAUUCAUCUCAGCAUCCCUCAUCGCACUCCCACCCGACGUCCCACCCGACCUCUCACUCACAGCUGACCAGCGGUGGUUCAUGGGCGGCUGCAAACUCCGCCUCGGCCGCUACUCAUCCCGCUCUCCAUAGUCCAUACUCCACUAUAUUCCCCUCGGCAUCAGCACUGCAACACGCCGCCACUGCCCCGGUUGGACAUGGUCAAAUUAAGACCUCGCACGCCAAAGCCACCUCGCAUUCGAGUCUGUUUUCGUUGAACUAUUGAAGUCAUGAGGAGGGAUUUUGUUAGUAUGUGCUAUUUUCUCACCUCUUUUCUAUCGGAAUUCGGCUAUUCGCGAUAUGUUAUUGUGAUUAUCAUGACAAAAUUGAAGUCAUUGUUUUACAGGAUGACUGGAACACUGUGUGAAAAUGACCUUU